AUGGCCGAGAAUAAACUAAGAGGGCAGAAGUCUGGUACAGAACUUCUCACAGUGAGCCAAAAACAAUUUAAGUUUAGAAACAAAGCAAAAUCAGUUAUCACAAAUCUUAAGAAGAUUCCUCAGCAGCAUCAAGAAAACGAACCAGUUAACGCUGACGAGGCUACAAGAUUAAUGGCUCAGUUGUAA